AUGCACUCACCACGGAUACACACAGAUUUAGCGCAGCAUCUGGUAGGCGAGUCAUGGGAACUCAUUGAGACGGUGCUCCCGCAGGGGGAAAAUGCUUUCAUCAGUGAGUCCCUGUUCUCUGUGGGCAACGGACACGUGAGUGUGCGCGGGUACGCGGAAGAGGCGGAAAUGGCGGCGCCUUACGGCCGUAACGCAAAUCAUGGCCACAAGUAUAGGAAACGGUUGGCGGAGAAAGGGGGGCAUGCAAAAUCCGCGGCGGGUGCACAUUCGCCGGAGCACGCAUUUCGAGGGACAUACAUCAAUGGAAUAUAUGAGGAGCGACUGUUAGCGCAAAAUCACAGACGCUUUAUGGUGGGCACCUGUGCGCGUGAGUGUUUUCUUAUUUGUGUACCCGAUGCCUUUUGUGUUGACGUUUUUGUUGGUAGUGAACACGUUAGUGUGGCGACUGGUACCAUCCUCUCGCACAGGCGUGUGUUGGACCUUCGCACAGGCGAACUUCGUCGUCGACUGGUGUGGCAGUCGACGAAUCAUGGGCGUGAGGUGACGAUUGAGUCGUCCCGCUUUGUUUCUCUCUCGCGUAAAAACAUUGCCGCCUUGAGGCUAUCCGUGACUGCCAAGAAUGUUUCGAACACUGACAUUCGCAUUGUUUCCCGCACGGUGGUGACGGCGGAUGCACAAAGGCACCUGAAGGUGGAGAACAUUGUCGCCCGGCACACCUUGGUUGAUGCCUCGACGGCAGUGUCCGCGCGGACACGCAACAGCUGCAAGCGACUCGUGGUGGCGGUGACAGAGACGUGCUACAGCACAUCCACCGACCCCAGUUCCUUGCAACUGGCAAAUUUUUGCAGCAUCAAUGCCUCCACACCGCCUGCCUCCACAAAGGCGGAAAAUCCACUGGCGAGCACCGGUCGCUACGAAGUCACUCUUGCAAGUACGCCACAGCUGCAGCAACAACAAUCUUUUGUAAGUCUCGCCCCUAAAUGUGCGGAGACAAUUGAUAGCACUGAGACGAUUUAUACCAGCGUCAUCAACGAGUCGACGACGCUGGAGCUCACUAAAUAUAUUGCCUUCUUCAGCGACGAGGAGGCGGCUCCGGAGGAUAUGUGUGAUUUGGCCGUUCACCAUUCACGGGAGGCGGCGGGGGUAACGUAUGAUACCAUGCUGAAUGAAAAUCGAAAUAUCGUGGAAAAGUUUUGGGAAACGGCAGACGUUGGUGUAAAGACGAAUCAACCUUCGGUGCAGGGGGCUAUUCGUUUCAAUCUUUUGCAUCUGUGCAUGUCAUUUUGCCGGGCGUAUGCUACGGAAUCUCCGCCACGUGGACUGAUGAAUGAGCUUGAUAAUGGUUUGCACCAUUGGGAGGUGGAUGCCAUCGUCAUUCCUUUUUUUGCGCAUAUACAUCCAAAAACUGCCCGGGCCCUUUUGCAGUUUCGUAUUGAUACGCUACCACAAGCAAGAAACAUUGCAGCAGAUAUGUACCUUCCACGAGGCGCGCUUUACCCAUUGCGUACAGUAAGCGGAGGGGAAAAUUAUCCAUUGCCGUUUUGUGCAGCAUUUUUAUACAGCAAUGCUGUCAUUGCCUACGCCAUGCAGCGGUACGUUAUGGCCACCAAUGACACUGCGUUGCUGCUUCAAGGUGGUGCGGAUGUCGUCUUUUCCACGGUACUUAUCUGGAUUAUAUGGGGAACCUGGGACAAGGGGGAAUUUCACAUUCGGUAUGUGGGAGGACCAGACGAAUACAGCGGUUUAAGUGACAACAAUCUCUUCACCAAUCUUAUGGCCCAAAAUCACAUGCAGUGGGCAGUGCAGCUUGCGUCGGAAAUGCAGGAGAAGCACCCGCAAGAGUGGGAAAGGGUGAAGGAUCGGUGUCAAAUUACGGAUGAGGAUCUUCACAUGAUUGAGCGGGCUGCUUCUAAAAUGGUGGUACUUUUUGAUGCCAAAAAUCGUGUUCACCCAGGCGACCAAUUUUUUAUGCGGAAGAAGAAGUGGGGAUUUUGUGAUGUGAAAAAGAAAAAGGGGUUUCUUAUUCAAACGUUUGACCCCUCUGUGAUCUACCGCCAUCAGGUGUGUUGGACGCCGGAUGUCAUCCUUUCCUCGGUCUUGUUGCCUGAGCGGUUUACAACAGAUGAGCUUCUGGCGGACUACAAUUUUUAUGAGCCCAUCACCGCCAACGACUCAUCUUUGAAUUCCAUGAUUUUCAGUGUGGUGGCCUCACAAUUGGGCAUGAUUGAUAAAGCCAUGUUUCACUUUAACCGUGCUCUUUUUGUUGACAUUGACAACGUGAUUGAGAACACAGGCGGUGGACUGCACAGUGUGGCGGAGGCUGGCUCGUGGUGGUGCUUCACAGGUGGUUUUGGAGGCAUGAGGGUCCUUCGGGGCGUGCUACACUUUAAUCCAAUACUACCAGAUGAAUGGGAUGAAUACCGAUUCACUGUGAGGCAUAGUGGAUGUCUUGUGCAUGUCCAUGUUACACGGCGAGUGGUAACUUACAAGGUUGUCGAAGGCCUCAAAGGCGACAGUAAACUGAUUAUUAUUCACUCCAACACAAAUCGUAUUCAUCUUCAACUGGGCAUCCCGGCGUCUGUGCGCCUCUACCGUGACGUUCAUGUAUUUGAUUUUGAUUGCGUUGUCUUUGACAUGGAUAGCAUUAUUGAGGACGUCGAAGAUUAUCACUAUGAGGCUUGGAAGAGCGCACUGGAACCCUUUUUAUGGGAUAAUGUUGGUCAUUCGUUCAAAUUUACAGGGGAAAUUUAUCUUGCUUACCUGAAACAUGACAGACCCCUCCCUGCUCUUCAGCGGUUUCUUGCCAAGCAGGGUGUGACAAAUUUGUCUUUGGGUACCCCAGAGGAUUCGAUGGACCAGAACACCAUUUACGGCCUCUUCCGACGCAAGCAAUAUCAUUUUCGCAAAAUUGUGCAUUACCGAGGUUUGCGUCCGCGUGAGGGCAUCCUGGAAUUUCUAUCAGAGCUGCGUCAGAGCGGUAUUUCUGUCGGAUGUGUCACAGUAAGUAAAAACGGGCAUUGGCUGCUAAAUGAGGCUUCGCGAGGGGUAUUGAUGUUGGACGGCUGUCUCGACGGUGGCGACGGUGAGAAGAUGGGUUUGCGGUGGCGUCCUGAGAUGGACUACUUUGCUUCAAUGUGCGAGCAACUCAACGCUUCCCCAUCCCGCACCGUUAUCGUAAUGGACGGUAUCGACGGCUUCUCGAAGAGUGCCCUAGAGAAGUUCAAGAUGAUUGUAGACGUUGCAAAGGACCCAGAGGUUGUGACACUGGCGGUCCCGUGUACGAACAUUUCAAAAUUUUCCGAGUUGACAGUGACACUGUUGGAUGAAAAGACGACACGAGAUUACUCAAUUUAUGGCCGUGGCACAGCGUCCCGGCGCAGCAAUCUGCGUCCUGCCAAUGAUAUCUGGGUUAGCUUUGAUGGUGGGACUCUCGAGACUUGA